GGCUCCUGUAUCUAUUAGGGAAUGUACGGUACAAGCCAACAGGCAGAGAGCGUGAUGCCGUCAUAUGGACGUAAGGUGACGUUCUACACAUCAGUCACUCACUGGAUGUUUAUUGUUUGAGGUAGGGCUGCAGUCAACAGCAGGCAGGAUGUUGCGGCUUCGCUGUAAGACCAAAAAUGGGAGCCACAUAAUGCAGGGCUUGACUCAUCAGUCCUGUGUGCAAGAGCUGAAGACUAAGGUGGAGGAGCUCACUGGUAUCCCUUGUGAUGUGCAGAAAAUCAUGGUUGGUUAUCCACCUUCCAGCCUUGAUCUUCGAAAUGGAGAUGCUCACCUUAAAGACUAUCCCAUCAAAUCAGGAGACACACUCAUUGUUGAGGAAGAGAAAAACAAGCCAAAGACUCAGGCUCAUCCCACUGUGACUAAAGUACCACGCCUGGAAGCCUCACCCAUGCUGGCGCGUCGAGUCGUCCCAGCUGAUAACUCCUGCCUCUUCACCAGUGUGUAUUAUGUGGUGGAAGGUGGUGUGUAUGACCCUGCUUGUGCCCCAGAGAUGCGAGGCCUCAUCGCCCAGAUUGUGUCAAGUGACCCGACAGCGUACUCGGAAGCGGUACUUGGAAAGACCAACGAGGAAUACUGCACUUGGAUAAGACGUGACGACACCUGGGGAGGCGCCAUCGAGGUGUCUAUCCUGUCCAAGUUUUACCAGUGUGAGAUCUGUGUGGUGGACACUCAGACUGUCCGAGUGGAUCGCUUUGGGGAGGACGCCGGCUACCACAAACGUGUGCUGCUCAUCUACGACGGCAUCCACUAUGACCCGCUGCAGAAAGAAACACCUGGCUCCGACACCCCGCCCCAGACUAUCUUCUCCACAACAGACGACAUAAUCCUGGCCCAGGCCCUCGAGUUGGCAGAUGAAGCCCGCCGCAAGCGGCAGUUCACGGACGUUAACCGCUUUGCAUUGCGCUGCAUGGUGUGCCAGACAGGCCUGGUGGGACAAAAGGAAGCUCGUGAGCAUGCCAAGGAGACAGGCCACACCAAUUUUGGAGAAGUGUGAGCAUCGUUUUGUCUUUCCUCCUUCUCACAAAUAAAACCACCACCAACCCCGUGCCCCAUGUCUGGCAACUGUUGGUCUAUCUGUCAAUCUGCUUGUGUGAUCCUCUACCUCACAUUGUCCAGCGACAUCUAUGGAGAAUCUGCAGACACUGUGUUCAGCCUCUAACCAGUUCAGUAUUACUCUUUAACUGCUGUGAGUUCUCAAAGUCAGAAACACUACUGCAGUGCUCCGAUGUCAUUAAACCAUCGUUUAGUCUGUUUGGGAUGGUUUCAUAUCUGGUUAACUGGGUCAAGUACAAUAAGCAAAUUAUUCUUAGCAUUUGUUUUAUUCUGUUUGGAGUACUCGAUGGCUGGAUUGUACUGAUAACAAAACAAAUAGUGCAACAAAUGCACCAAAUUGCCAACACUUUCCUGUGACUGCUUUUUUUUCUUUUUUUUUUUAAAUCCACCAUCUGGCUCUGGAAAGAAUUAAAACAACUACUGAGAAUUUUUUGCACUACGUAUGAUGUGAUCUGAUUCACUGUUGUCUUAAGCGCAGCACACAAAGUUUGACUGUUAUUCAUCAUGUUGGUUAUGUAGCAUGUUCUUUUUUAUUUCCCUUGUUGACAGGUGUCAGAAGCUAAAUACUAAGAACUGAUCAUUUGGUUAACUUUAGAUGUCAGAAUUAUUCAGCACAGUUCUGUGUCAAUGCUAAGCUGGAUUUGUCUUGUUACAAACAUGCUAUUCGUGACAUUUUUGAAUUUACUGUGUAGUGGCUGUUGAAAUUGGGGUUUGAGAUUGAGGUUAUGCAUUUGGAAACGCAAAUUGUGAUUUAAAAACACAAAAUUAGCCUAAUUACUUAGGAGACUUAAUCCUUCAUUUCUUUUUUUCCUUUUUUGAUGUUGCAACAUGGUUUACCAGUGAGGCUGUUUUUAAAGUAGAUUGAAAUAUGGUGCUGAAAACAACAUUUUACAAAAUCUGUAGCUCUUUGUUUUUCCUCAUGGGUACGUUUUUCAGGAGUGUCAUUUUUAAUUCUAGUGUGUGAUUUUUCAAAUGUCCUCAUGUUGUAGGAACUACUCUUUUUUUAAAAUACAGUGUUUUUGUUUUAUAUCGCUGCAUAUUUUUGAUUUUCAUUUUAAGCUUGAUGGGGCGUCGGAUGACAGAACACAAAUCAUGGUGAGAAGGUGGCGUAAUGACUAGAAAUCUUAAGUGGAAGAAAUUCUGUAUGUCAGAGAUCAAUCCUUUUCCACUUAAUGCAUUUACUGUUCAGGUAUAGUCUUUACACUAUGUGCUUUGCUAAUCAGUAUAGGGCUGCAAUUAAGUUAUUUUCAGCAUUGAUUUAUAUGCAGAUUUUUGUUGUUAUGAUUAAUCAUUAAGUCUAAAAUGUCACAAUAGGAAAAAAUGCUAUUUGCAAUUUCCCAGUCGUCUUAAAUUUGCUUCAGCAGGUCAAAAUCCAAAGAUUCUUCAUUUAGUAUCAUAAAUGGCAAAGAAAAGCAGAAAUUUGAACAUUUAAGAAGCUAUAAAGCAGCAAAUAUUUAAACUUUUUUGCCUCAAGAAUGAAAUCAAUCAUGAAAAUAGAUGGCGAUUCAUUUUCUUUCAACCAAUUAAUUGUGCAGGUGUAAUGUUUAUCAGCCAUUUAGCUUUGCAAUUUCAGUAUUCCUUCCCACAUAUGCGGUUGUUAAGUAACUUUUGGAAACUACGAGUAAACAUAGUCCACUUUGGUUUAAUAUUUAAUGCACAGUGUUAAAUGUUUUUGCACAAUUGGAGCAUGUUCUCACAUUUUCAGCUAAAGUCAGGCAUUAUCUCUUUGCUAAUUGCUUUGAUAUUCACUGGGUACAAGGAUAAAAAACGUACGUACAAACACAGCUCAGAAACAUUCAAUUGGAGGAGGCCAUAAAGAUAUGCAUUGGAUUACUUUUUUUUCUUGUAGCCUGGAUUAUUGUGUGCUGGUGUUGUUCAGAACCAGUAUAUGUGAGGGUUAUAUUGGUACUGAGUUGUUGCCAAAAAUAAUAGGAUUGAGAGUGAUGUCACAUUGUUAUUGGUUCAGACUCAGAGAUCGUGUUGGGAACAAAUGAAAGGCAAAGCAAAAAUGUCCAAUUAUGUCUGUGUGAAUGUGAAUUAGUGUUUUUUUUUCCUUUUUGGAUACUUUAGGUAGUUUAUUUUAACAGUGAUUAUGGAUUUAAUAGGCUUGCAUAAAAGUGAAACUAUGAAAUGGCUUUGUUGUAUUUUGUAUUUACCAAGUUCUCAUGACUCUUCAAGGACAAUAACCAUGAAUGUUGCACACAGAGCACUACAGAAUAACUGGAUUUACUUGAUUUUUUUCAAUGUGGUGUCACAAUUAAAAGUUAUAGCCAACA